AUGGCUCCUCCUCCAUUCCGUCCUGAAAAUGCUGUUAAGAGAGCCGACGAGCUUAUUUCUGUCGGCGAAACUCAAGCUGCUUUACAAUCUUUACACGACUUCAUAACUGCUAGAAGAAUCCGUUGGGCCACUCCUUCCACUGUCGAACCAGUCGUUUUCAAAUUUUUGGAAAUCGGUGUUGAUCUAAAGAAAGGUAAGCUGCUUAAGGAUGGUUUGCACCAAUACAAAAAACUGGUUCAAGGCUCUCCUGAAGGUUUGGCAUCUGUCGGUGCUGUCGCUCGUAAAUUUAUUGAUUUAGUCGAAACAAAGAUUACCUCCGAACAAACUAGGGCUGAUGAACUUCAAAAGCAAGAAAUCGAUGACGAUUUGGAAGGUGGUGUCACUCCAGAAAACUUGUUAGUUUCUGUUUACGAACAAGAUCAAUCUGUCGCUGGUUUCAAUGACGAAGCUAUUACUUCAUGGUUAAGAUUCACUUGGGAAUCAUACCGUGCUGUUUUAGAUUUAUUGAGAAACAACGCUUUGUUAGAAAUUACUUAUUCUGGUGUAGUCAAGAAGACCAUGCAUUUCUGUUUGAAAUAUCAACGUAAGAACGAAUUCAAGAGAUUAGCUGAAAUGUUGCGUCAGCAUUUAGACGCUGCCAACUACCAACAAAGCAAAUCAGGUAACAACUUAGUUGACUUGAGUGAUGCUGAUACUUUGCAACGUUAUUUGGAUCAACGUUUCCAACAAGUCGACGUUUCUGUCAAAUUGGAAUUGUGGCACGAAGCUUAUAGGUCUAUUGAAGAUGUUUUCCACUUAAUGAAGACAUGCAAGCGUGCACCUAAGCCUUCAACUUUGGCUAAUUACUACGAAAACCUUGUUAAGGUCUUCUUUGUUUCCGGUGAUCCACUGUUACACACCACUGCCUGGAAGAAAUUUUAUAAAUUGUAUUCUACCAAUCCAAGGGCUACGGAAGAAGAAUUUAAGACUUAUUCUUCCACAAUUUUCUUGUCCGCCAUUUCUAUUCAAUUGGACGAAAUCCCAUCUAUUGGUUACGAUCCUCAUUUACGUAUGUACCGUUUAUUGAACUUAGAAACUAAGCCAACUAGAAAGGAAAUGCUGGAAUCUAUUAUUGCAGAUGAAUCCAUUUACGGUAAGGUUGACGAAGAAUUAAAACAAUUGUACAACAUCGUUGAAGCCAACUUCAAUGUCGACACAAUCAAACAAGAUUUGGAAAGCUUAUUGACCAAAUUAGUCUCAAAGCCUUACUUCAGUCAAUACAUUGUACAGUUAAGAGAUGUCAUUAUGAGAAGAGUUUUUGUCGCUGCCUCUCAAAAAUUCACUACAGUCUCUCAAUCUGAAUUGUAURAACUUGCCACUCUACCAGCUCCACUAGACUUGUCUGGCUGGGACAUUGAAAAGGCUUUAUUACAAGCUGCUAUUGAAGAUUACGUCUCUAUUUCCAUUGACCACGAGUCUGCUAAAGUUAUUUUCGCAAAAGAUCCAUUUGACAUUUUUGAAUCUAAGGAAAUUCCCGAAGAAGACAGUUCAGAACUGGAAGGUCAAGAAGAAAAAGAGGAAGCCGAAGAAGCUCUUGAACCACAAGAAGCCGAAGAGACUGAACCAAAGGAGGACGGCGAAGAAAAGGAAGAAGAAUCCGAUCCCGUUAUUAUCCGUAAUUCAUAUAUUCACAACAAGUUACUUGAACUGUCCAACGUCUUACAUGAUGUUGACAGUUUCAAUAAUGCUUCUUAUAUGGAGAAAGUUAAGAUUGCCCGUGAAACUUUGAUUCAAAAGAACAAGGGCGAUCUUGAAAAGAUUUCCAAGAUUGUUGACGAACGUGCUAAAAGAUCUCAAGAACAAAAACAAAAGCACAUGGAACACGCUGCUAUAAAUGCCGAACAAAAUGCCGAAGUCAGACAACAACGUAUUCUGGAAGAAAAAGCUGCCAUUGAAGCUAAAUUGGAAGAAGAAUCUCAUCGUCGUUUAAUCGAGAGGAAGAAGCGUGAAUUUGAAAUCAUCAAGGAAAGAGAAAUCACAAAAAUGAUUACUGAGGUUAACGCUAAGGGCCAUGUUUACAUCGAUCCUAACGAAGCUAAGAGCUUAGACCUUGACACUAUCAAGCAAGUUAUUAUUGCUGAAGUGUCUAAGAACAAGAGUGAAUUAGAAAACCGUAUGGACUAUGCUAUGAGAAAAUUGGACCAUACCGAAAGAGCUUUAAGAAAGGUAGAAUUGCCAUUGUUGCAAAAGGAAGUUGAUGCGUUACAAGAAACUGACACUGCCGACUAUGAGAUGAUGAAGAAGAAGAUUGUCGAUGCGGCCAAGGGUGAACAUGAAGCCAGAAUGACUGACCAUAAGAACUUGGCCAUGGUCUUUGACGAUUACUUGAAAUUGAAAGAACGCUUGUCAGGUACCAAAGAAAGUGAAGUAGCCCAACUCCGUAAUCAAAAGAAGGCUGAACUAGAAGCUGCUAAGAAAGCAAGAAUCGAAGAAGUUCGUCAACAGCGUUACCAAGAGGCUAUCGCAAGACGUAAGGAAGAAAUUGCCAAUGCUGAAAGAGAAAAACGUGCCCAAGAACUCGCAGAAGCUGGCCGUAAACAAAGAGAAAUGGAGGAAGCUGCCGCUGCUAAGAAACCUACUCCAUUCGCUCCUCGGGCCGGAAACAGAGAACCUCCAAGCACACCAAGUCUCUUACCAAAGGCUACUGUUUCCCCAGAUAAAGCUAAGUUAGAUUUGAUGGCUCAGAAGCAAAGAGAGAUGGAAGAAGCCAUUGAACAAAGAUUGGCUGGUAGAGGCGCAGGUGGGUCCACCCCAGCUACUCCAGCUACCCCAGCUACUCCAGCUUCAACCUCUGCUCCAAAGAAAAUGACCAUGGCCGAAAAAUUGAGAGCCAAGAGAUUAGCCAAAGAAGGCAGAUAA